UGUUUGCGUAUCAGAAACAGACGAAAAUAACAGCACCAGUGGUUGACCAUGGACGGAAAAAGCUCCAGCAACACUGUCGGCAAGCCUAUCCGGUGCAGAGCUGCAAUUGUUAGGAAACCAGGGGAGCCGUUGGUGAUAGAGGAAGUGAUAGUGGCUCCGCCAAAUCCUCGCGAAGUUCGAAUCAAAAUCAUAUGCACUUCUCUUUGUCACAGUGAUGUUACCUUUUGGAAAUUGAAGCAUCCUCCUGCUAUUUUCCCCAGAAUACUUGGUCAUGAAGCAGUGGGGGUUGUUGAGAGCGUUGGAGAAGGCGUACAUGAAGUUGUUGAAGGCGACACUGUGAUCCCAAUCUUUUUGCCAGAUUGUGGUGAAUGUACAGAUUGCUUGUCCAAGAAAAGCAACCUAUGUACAAAAUUGCCUUUCAGUGUUUCUCCUUGGAUGGAUAGAGAUGGGACAAGCAGGUUCACAGACAUCAAUGGAGAAACUCUAUACCAUUUCUUGUUUGUAUCGAGUUUUAGCGAGUACACGGUGGUUGAUAUUGCUCAUGUAACUAAAAUAGAUCCAGCAACCCCAGCAAACAGAGCCUGCCUCUUAAGUUGUGGGGUAUCGACUGGGGUGGGUGCUGCAUGGAAAACGGCAAACGUGGAAACUGGAACAACGGUUGCUAUAUUUGGACUUGGUGCAAUUGGGCUGGCGGUUGCUGAGGGAGCAAGGCUAUGUGGAGCUAAGAGGAUCAUCGGUGUUGAUGUGAAUCAGGACAAGUUUGAAAUAGGAAAGAAAUUUGGAGUCACUGAUUUUGUGAACUCCCGUAACUGUGGGGACAAAACUGUGAGCCAGGUAAUAAUCGAGAUGACUGGUGGGGGUGCAGAUUAUUGCUUCGAGUGCGUUGGUUUAACCUCCCUGGUGCAUGAAGCUUACGCUUCUUGUAGAAAGGGAUGGGGGAAGGCAGUUGUCUUGGGAGUUGACCAGCCAGGGGCAAUGUUGACCUUCAGUUCUUUUGAGGUACUUCACAGUGGAAAAUCUCUCAUGGGAUCACUUUUUGGCGGUCUCAAACCGAAAACUGACAUCCCAAUCCUCAUAAAACGCUACAUGGCUAAGGAACUACAACUUGAUGAAUUUGUGACGCAUGAGGUGGACUUUGAAGACAUCAACAAGGCUUUCGACUUGCUUAUUGGAGGAAAGAGUUUACGGUGUGUGAUUUGGAUGAACAAAUGAUUGUAUUUCAUUGCAAAAGAGGUUUAUUUUUCAUCAUUGAUUGCAUCAUAUGUAGUUAAAGAUAACAUUUUGAAUAAUUGUAAUCACGUUUCUUUGGUUUCA